AUGGCGAUGGCACCUCCGUCAUCAGGCGGCCUGGAAACCAAGCACUUCAUCCUGGCUGCCCUCGCGGCAACCCUCGUCGCGGCGACGGUCGUCACCGUCGUCUCCGUGGUGCUGAGCCCGGCGCACCUAAGCUUCUCCGUCACCGACGCGCGCAACGACUUCACGAGCGACCCGGCGCGCCUGUUCCUCACCCUCGCCGCCCACAACCCCAGCCGACGCGCGGCGGUGCGGUACCAGAGCAUCUUCGUCGACGUGAGCAACAGCAGCGGGGUGUGGGGGUUGAACUGGAUGAGGGCCAACGUUUCGGCGGACCUGCCGCUGCACCAGCCGAGGCGCAGCGAGAGAAAGGUGAACGCGACGGUGUCCAUGGUGGGGCUCGCCGGGGAGGAGUUCACGGGGAACAGGACCUGCCACAGCUUCAGCGUCACGGUCACCGCCGUGGCGCGGUUUAAGGUCGGCGUCGCGUGGACAAGGCUCUACGACAUCAAGGUCUACUGCGGGAACGUCGACUUCUUCGGCAACGCGAGCACAAGAGCCGACUGCCAGCCUGCGGCUUAA